GCCGAGUGGUGGGCGCGGCGGCCGGCCGGGCUGGUCGCAGGCGCUGCCGCUCGGGCGAGGCGGCCCUCGUGCAGGCGGCGGGGCCGGCCGCGCCCCGGGAGCGCCGGCGGGGAGCGGAGCGGCCGCGGGUGCCGCGCGGUUGCUGCCUUUCUGCUGGGACCCGCCACCCCGUGACGUGUCUGCGCAGCCGGGCGGGCAGGUGAAGGACUCAGCCAGGAGCGUCCCUCGUCCUUUCGGCUCUGUUCUGCGUGUUGUCUCUCCCGGGGAGCUGAGGAAGACUCGUGUUUCAGUGCUCUCCGCAGCCCUAGCUUCCCCCGCUUCGGAAAUGGCCCCAGUGCGUGCUGCCAGUCUCGUCCCGUGACGAAAGGGGAGUCUGCCACCCCACUGUGUCUCGCGGAGUGGACGCAGAGAAAGCCCUGUCCGGGCUGGAGCCGGGCCAGCAGGAGAUGGCUCAGGAGGGCGCGUGACGGGGACGCCUCGAUGCGCCGCGGCGGGCCGUCCCGGUGCGUGAGGGUGCGGCCGCAGCCGGGGUGGGGCCCGGCAGGAUGAAGAAGAUCAGCCUGAAGACCUUCCGCAAGUCCUUCAGCCUGAGCAAGAGCAAGGAGGAGCCCGAGUUCCUGGUGGUGCCGCCGCCCGCGCUGGCCGCCGGCGACUUCGGCAAGGACGAGGCCCUGUUCGGCGGCGGCGAGGCGGGCGGCGAGGCCGAGCGGGCCGGGAAGGGCCGGCCCAAGGCCGAGGGCCUCAUGGGCACCCUCAAGCGGCGCCUGUCGGCCAAGCAGAAGCCCAAGGCGGCCAAGGGCGGCGGCGCGGGGCCCGGCGGUGGCGGGGACGACGACGACGACGCCUUCUCCUCGGCCUCCGCCCCGCUGGCCUUCAAGGACGCGCGGGCGCCGCGGCCCAUCCGCUCCACGUCGCUGCGCAGCCACCACUACAGCCCUGCGCCCUGGCCGCUGCGGCCCGCGGCCUCGGAGGACACGUGCAUCAAGGUGGAGGUGCGGGUCAAGGCGCUGGUGCACGCGCCCGGCGCGCCCGGCCCCGCCCUCAACGGGCUGCGCAAGGACCUGGCCGAGCGGCCGCCCGAGCCGCCCCCCGCCGCCGGCGGCCCCGAGCCCCCCGCGGGCGGCGGCCCCGCGCCCCCCCGGAGCCCCGGGCCGCCCCCCGCGGAGCUGCGGCUGCGCCUGGACGCGCACGUGCCCGUGGUCCUGGGGCUGGUGCCCGACUACAUCCACUACACCGUGCCUUUGCUCGAGGCGCCCUCGCCCAUGGACGUGUCGGCCGCGGGCGCCGGGGACCCCGACGACGACGACGAGGAGGACGAGGACGAGGAGGUGGACGCCGAGGGCCCGGCCGACGCCGACCUGUGCGCGGAGCCCGCGGGGGCGGGGGCGGGGGCGGGGCCCGCGGUGACCGGGCUGCUGGUGCUGCAGGGCCCCCGCGCGGACCUGCCCCCGCUGUCCCCCCUGCUACCUCCCCUGCAGAGGACCCUGGCCGCGCUGGCCGGGCCCGAGCCGCACGUGGCCUUGGGGCUGGACGCGGGCGCGGCGUCCGGCCCGGCGCUGGCCGCCAGCAGCCUGACGGAGGAGCUGAAGAAGCUGGCGCGGCAGGGCUGGUACUGGGGCCCCAUCACGCGCUGGGAGGCCGAGGGCAAGCUGGCCAGCGUGCCCGACGGCUCCUUCCUGGUGCGCGACAGCUCCGACGAGCGCUACCUGCUCAGCCUGAGCUUCCGCUCGCACGGCAAGACGCUGCACACGCGCAUCGAGCACUCCAACGGCCGCUUCAGCUUCUACGAGCAGCCCGACGUGGAGGGCCACGCCUCCGUCGUGGACCUCAUCGAGCACUCGGUGCGCGACUCGGAGAACGGCGCCUUCUGCUACUCGCGCUCGCGCCUGCCCGGCGCCGCCACCUACCCCGUGCGCCUCACGCACCCCGUGUCGCGCUUCAUGCAGGUGCGCUCGCUGCAGUACCUGUGCCGCUUCGUCAUCCGCCAGUCCACGCGCAUCGACCUCAUCCAGAAGCUGCCGCUGCCCGCCAAGAUGAAGGCCUACCUGCAGGAGAAGCACUACUGAGGCCCCGGGGUCGGGGUGGGGGUGGGGGGCCCGGGCGCCCCUCCUCCCCGCGGAGCAGAGUGAGCCCGCCCCCGCCCCGCCCCGCCCCCCCCACACACGUCCUUUGCUGCUAUCCACUGUGAUUUUUAUGCAUUAAAAGCACAUUUCAUGUGUCUCCAACCCGAAGUCGAAUGGAAUUUACAGAGUGAAAUAAUGCCAAGUCUCCCCCCUCUCUCCCUCCCUCUCUCUCUUCCCCCCCCCCGCCCCCCAUGGCCCAUUUUCAAACGAAGGUGUUGGAGCCACCACCCAUGGGUACCACUCCCCGGUUCCCACGGACACGGGCGGAGGUUGGGCGGGGCUCAGAGCCGGCGAGGGAGAUGGAGCAUCCACCCGCAAUCUCUCUCUCUCUCUCUUUUUUUCCAACAGGCAUUUCUAAAUUACGUUUUAAAAGCCGUGCUGAUUUUUCUGGUUAUGAAAAGUCCCCUGUUUUUGGUUGUUGUUGCCUUCAUUUCUUGUGGUUUGUCAAUUUUAAUAAAUGGCCUUACUUUAGGGGGGUGGAAAGACAUGCUACACCACCAGUUCUAGAAGUUGUUGCCUUUUUCUGUCGUUAAACUCUGGUCCAGAUUGGCAUGACACAUAAAGACUGACGGGGUCAGGAUCAUGGAGAAAAUGCUUCGGUGAGCGUAGGUUCCUGGGAGAGCAGGUCCUUUCUUUCUUUUUUUUUUUUGUUACCCAUGUUUUCAUUGUUGAAAUACUUUGUCUCUCAAGAUGAGUCGACGUUUUCUUGGAUGAACUUGAUAUAGAACUGAUUUUUAUACAAAUGGAAGUUUAUAUAUAAAAUUAUUAACUGAUUUCAAUAGAAAACAUUGCCUCAAAAUCAAUUUAUCUUGUCCUUUUAUGUAGUCUUUACUAAAGACGCGUGAGCUUUGAUCCUCUCCUUCCUCCCCCGCCAAGAAAACAGACCCCAGUGACCUUGGGCAGAAAGUGGUGAUUGUGGCGUAUCAAGAAAGAAAAACCAGCUGACCUCUGCGAGCUGUGUGUAAUUGUUUUCCCUACCGUCUAUGCUGCCAUUUAAAUGGGUUCCCAACGUCUUUGUAAUUUAGCUGCAUCUUAAGUAAAUUGGCACCGGGGUUGCUUUCUCUCUUGCUACUGGGGGCGGGGAGAGCCUCCUUCCCAGUGGCUCUGAGCUGAGGAGACUGUGUCUCUGGGAUUGUCCCAUCCCCACAGUGCCUCCAGCUCCACAGCUUGAAGGGAAACAUUUCACACAACUUGGGGUUCGAGUCAUUUCUUCCUUGGUUCCUGUUUUCCUUUCUCCUGCCUUUUACAGGGUGGGAAGGUCCUUGGUCAGACUUCAUGGUUUUGUCAUUUGUCGUAUCUGUGGUCCCGUUCCCUCGCCCCCCCCCCCCAAUUUAGUGUAAGAACUGAGAGUUGCCAAGAAAGGCCACAGAAUGCCACGAUGCCGUGUUCCAAUUUUGACCUGCGGGAGGGAAGGUACUUGAUUCUGGUGGACUGUUGACUGUACCUUGCCACAAAGACUCCUCUGUCAUGUCCUGUGUCUCAGUAAGAUGGAAUAUGGAGUAUACUGUAAUAAUAUAAUUUACGUGUUCAUGAUAAGCUAUUUGGAGUAAGAACUAUUACAGAGUUGUAAACUUGUUAUCAAAUUAAUGCAAGACAUUUAAACUAUUUUUUUGCAAAACUAUUUAUUUUUAAACAAUUUAAAAAUAGAGCUAGGGUAAGUUAAAGGUCCCUGUGCAUCUAUAUUAGAUGGCAGGUAUUGUCACAGAGUCACUGUGUGUUCGUACUAAGUGUCGAGCUGGCUUCUCCGUGUUUCCUGUAGCAUUUACGUGGACACCCCGUGACAUCGUGGUGCACAGAGGUCUUUGGACUGCCCUGAAUCCGUCUUACCGCGUGGGCUAGCGUCUUCCCCGCCCUCUUCCCCGUGACACCCUGGAUGGGAACAUCCAGCCCUGUCAUUUCUUGUUCAGAUGAUUCUGGAUUCCGUUGGAGCGUCCCCGAGAUUGUGCUCUGUGUCCUCUGAAGGGCGAGUCUUGAGACUGUUUCCGUGCAGAAAGCCUGUUUUUUCACGUGCUUUCGCAUUAGCCAUGAAAUAAAUACCUGGCGGUUGAAGUGCCCUAUUCUGAUGCCGUUCAAAGUCUGGUGGGGAAUCAAUUUUGAAAGUAUCUGCCAAGGAGUCACAAACCACGCAGCACCACAGCGCACGUGCCCGAGUGACUCUGCAGACAGAGGGAGAAUGGCACCUUCAUCCUGCAGUUGGGUCUAGAUACAGUUUGGGUCAGUGUCUGGAUUUUCUAGAGUGGCAGAGUGGAGACAUGUGGACCCCGCCUCCGGGGGACCCCCUGCAUGUUUCUGCGGAUCAGAGUUUAAGGCAAGGAAAAGAAACCAGGAAAACCGUGUCCUUUUUGCCAUAGUAAAUGAAUCAGAAAAUUUUGUUUUCAUCUAAUACUUCAUCAGAAAACCUGAUGGAGACCCGGAGCUACUUCUAGACUUUCUAGGACACUAUUAUGCAUUUUUAUAAAUAAUAAAACUAUAGAGAGUACUUGAAUGAUAUCUCACUAGCUAAGAAAAACUGUUCUCUUUCUACUUGGUGCAAUAAUUAAUCUGAAGACUUAGAAGGUAAAAAGUUCUUACAUCACAGAAAUGAUCAUAGAACUCAAAAUAAUUUCUAAAGAAACCAGCUACUCAAGGCAAUCGUCUUGAUUUAAAAAUCAUGUGCCAAAAGGCCAACUCGCUGACUUACAGUAAAUAAAAUGCAGAGUAUGCAGAGGAAUUUCUGAGCCAGUAUUACUGAAACGGGAUGAAAAACGGGAUACUAAAAACUUAACGAUUGUAUGCAAUGUCAGAGUUGCAGAUCAGAAUACCUUAAUGCAUUCAGAAAUGCUGAUUUGAAUCGUAUAUUUCACGUUGUUUAUGAGAUUUAUUUUACGGAUGAUUCAGAAUAAUAUAUUUUAAAUCUUAACGCCUUUAAAUCGAGUGUGAGUCUUAAUUUGGAAGUGAAAUCGCGCUGCCUGAGUGGGCAGCCUCGGAGACUCUCAGGAGGACCAAGCGCCCCUUCCAGAAGCAAGUUUAAAAUGCCAAAAUGAAGUAUUGGUACGCGAGUAGUCACAAAUUUGGUGUCUCUGAAUACCUUUUUUAAUCCUGUGAUGAUUUUUUUUAUGAACAUCUGUUUUCCUAACGAUCCCGUGGCGAGGCCGUGGUCGGUCCACACCCCAGUCCAGAGGGCAGAGCAGUUUCCCCCAGAGUUUCGAAGGAAGGACACGUGCGGGGCUAGAGGAGCUUUAUAGCUGUUGGAGGGCCAUGACGUUAACACUCGCAGUCCAGAUUGCUGUAGUUUACACUUUCCUGUAAGUUUCAAAUCAGGUGUGCACCAUUUGUACUGAGGACACCGCAGAAUGAAUUAUCCAAAGUCCAUUGAUUUUAAUACGUGUUUUGGUUUGUAAACAAAUAGUAAUUUCUUGCACAUUUUUUUGGAAAUUGUAUAAGGAUUUAUGUAUCUGCUUCUAGAUACGGUGUGUAAAUAAAAAUUUGGUUCACA